AUGGCGGAAUAUCCUGUGGAACAGUAUGAGGGGGUGUUCAAAGAAAUCUUGAACGACAUUUUUCUGAAAUGUCAUUACGCCAACAACACAGAGUACUACAUGUACAUCGGGGACUUCAGCUGUAAAGACUACGAUGCUUGCGCGUGUCCCAUGAUGUCACCGCAGCCAGAUAUAGCAGGCACAGGUGUGCUCGUGGCUUUCGCCCUCACGGCAUUUUUCACUCUCCUCUCAGCAAUUUUCUGUAUCGUCGUAGGCCGUACCAAUCAAACUCGACGGACCUUCAACCCGAUUGACCGAUAUGGUUGCGAAUGGAUAUCCGAACCUCUUCGCCGCUUCAUGUUCCGAAGGGGCAUGAACCCCGACUUGCAUUCCCUCGUCGCCUACGACCUCGUCAAUACUUUCAGCGAUCUCCAGCUCGUGACAGGUCUCGCGGUAUUAGUCGCCGGGAUCAAGGAGCUGGCAGAUGAAUCGAUCUCAAUCUAUCACUUUUUGAUCGUCACCGAUCUCGCGUGGUUCUGUACGAAUGCUCACCUGCUAUCGCUGGUGGUCACUCGCGGGUUCCGUGAUAGCGUCAAGAGGACACACCCGCAGCGAUGCAAUCCCGAAAACACUGAAAUGACUGCACGCCUGGCUCGCGCCCUACGGAUUGUGCUGAUGGCGGCCACUUUUAUACUCCUUCUACUUGCAUUCUGGGUCACUGGCUAUGAAGAUGUCUAUUCUCCGGACCGAAUGAGGUGCCCGAUGAGAUGCACCUUGGGAAAGAAGAAGGGCGGAUGGCCUAGACACCUGAUGGUAGCCAACAUGACCUUGAUGGCAUACUUUUAUGCACUACAAACCUUCCUCAGUUGGCGUACCGGUCGCAUCUUUUGGAUGGACCAUAUCAGAGGCUCACUGAUCGACAAGCAAGGCCAACCGAUCAAUGUCUUGAAUCCCGAAAUAAUCUUCAAACGAUGGACUGAGAACAAAUUCUUGAAGGCGCUGAGAAUGUCGCUUCUAGCGGUUUGGUAUUUCCUCGCGUCUGAAGUUGGGAACUUAGUGGGGUUAACUCUUUAUUUUGGUUUCGGUGUCUACUCUCUUCUCGACGAUAAGAGACGUUUAGGCAAAAUGGGUGAGGUUUAUACUGCCCAUGGCGAGAGCGAGAUUGUAUACAGCCAGCUCGUUCCCAUUUUCUUACUCAUCAUCCCCUUCAUGGGCAUCUUUGAGUCGCAUGCCAGGCACUCGAAGACGGUCAAGGAGUCCGAGCUCAAGGAGGUGGGAAGUUGUACAUCAGAGGGAUCUUGA